CUCCGCGGGGUGGCGGGGCGACCGCAGGGUGCGCUGGACAGGAGGAGGAACGGCCCACACAACCCAGGGGGACACGGGAGGAGCGAGGGCCUCCGGAGGACGACCGGGUCCCUGGAAGCGCGGGAGGGUCUGGAGGCCCGGCCCCUGGGCUCCUGUUGCCAGGCAACCUACGGAAGCGGCCGGGGCGGCGGAGCCUGGCCAGGGGCUGCGCCCCUCCCGCCCGUCCUGUCUGCAGGGGUCUCGGAAGGGCUUCUACAGCAUGAUAAAUACAUGAAUUUGAAUGGAUUUAGAGGUUAAAGGAGUUUCUGCUUCUCCUGUGAGUCAAAUUCAGCCAUUCUCUGGAAGAAAGAACCCGCUACAGCAAGGGUGGACCUCCAAAUCAUGGACAAUCCAGAAUCCUUGCCUACCUGUGGUCCCACGACUUGAUUUGGGAAGCCUUGUUGAUUCUGAUGAUGAGGAUAAAUUUUCAAAUAUUCCACUUAGCACAGCGCAUAUUCAUUUUAACCCACCAAAGUCAUCUUCUGCUCUUCAUUGGAUCACAUCACGUCAAAAACCAUCUUCUCAGCAUCAUCUAAGUGAACUGGAGGAGGAUAUAAUACCUGAAAAUUUGCCAGAACCAACAAACAAAUAUAAGCUAAAAUAUCAGCAAUACAAAACUGAAAUGAAAGAGGGAUAUAAAGAGUAUAGCCAGAGAAAUGCAGAAAAGACAAAAUCAAAUAUCACACAUCAACAGUCUCCAAGAAACAAGAUAGAUGACAAGUGUGUACAAGGUGAAGAAGCCAUCAUGGAUGAACUUACAACUCUGGAUAGAAAAGCCCUCUUACAGCAGGGUUAUGCAGACAAUACUUACAGGGCACCAUGGAGAACAAGAAAAUCUGAAGCUGAAAUUGUGACUGCACAGAAGAAGAAACAGACUGUUGAAGAACAAGUGAUGAUAGACAACUUAUCUAGGGCUGUAAUCAGUGAUCCAGAACAAAAUUUAAUCAUUGAGAAACAAGAAAGUGCUCAUAUCCGUCCAGAUUCAAAGAUGGCAUCUCUUCGAUUUAGGAAAAGAACACUACAUGAAACAAAGAUAAGAACCCAUUCAACAUUAACUGAAAAUAUGCUUUCUUAUAAAGUACAAUUUGAUGGUAGGAUCAUAUCAAGAAAUGGACGUGAUGCUUGCAGAGAACUGAUUGGGUUCUUUUUUAUUCAUGACCAGUCCCUUACAGUUUAUGAAUACCGGCAGUUUGGGAAAAACAGAACAACUGUGCUUCCUUUUAUUCAAAAACAUGUUUAUAGUCAUCAGCAUGGACGAAGAAAAGGAAAACAAUACCAGCUUGGUGAUUUUUAUAUUGGUGCAAACUUGACAUUUUUGAGUGCUGAUCAUCCCAGACUUCCAGAAAGCAUAAAAGAAAACACAUUACUUACACUUCGAAUCACAAAUAUUGACCAGGUAGCUCUGAAUUCUCUCAAAACUGAUUCUGUGGAACAUGAGGAUGAUACAACUAAUCAAGAAGCCAAUGAUAAGCUGGUCUUAAAGGCCAUUCAAGAUGUGCUAAAAGAACAGCUGUGUAAUAGAGGUGUUCGUAUUUUGACUGGAUUUGGAAAAUACCUUCAACAAAUGGACAAAGAAGGAAAUGGACUUUUAGAUAAAGCAGAUUUUAAGCAAGCUCUAAAAGUAUUUCACUUAGAAGUGUCUGAAAAUGAUUUUGAGUCUGCAUGGCUAGUUCUGAAUGGCAACGACAGUGGCAAGGUUGAUUAUGGGGAAUUCAAGCGUGCCAUUAUUGGUGAAAUGAAUGAAUACAGGAAAGCAUUCGUUCAAAAGGCCUUUAUGAAACUGGAUUUCAACAAAACUGGCAGUAUACCUAUUAUAGACAUAAGAAAAUGUUAUUGUGCAAAACAACAUCCUCAAGUAAUUUCAGGCCAUUCCACAGAGGAAGAAAUCAAAUCAUCUUUUUUAGAAACAUUAAAAGAUGCUUGCAGCAAGUCUGAUGAAGUAUCAUAUGGCGAAUUUGAAGAUUACUAUGAAGGCCUAAGUAUAGGGAUAGUAGAUGAUGAAGAUUUUGUUAGUAUCUUACGUACUCCAUGGGGGAUUUAGUUUUUUUAACAUAACUAGGGCAUCAACACAAAGCAUUUUAAAGGAGAGAUGAAUGUAGGUAUGAUCAAACACUGGAAUAUAUUUCUCUUGCGCUCCUUUUCUGUUUCUCACUUCUCCUUGGAAAUGCAGAGAGAACUUUAUGGGUUUGUUUCCAAGUUCAUAAUUUUAAAAUAUGUGUGUUAAGAUGACAUAAAUUAGAAAAGAAACAGUGUAAAAGACUGGUUUUUUUUUGUCCUCAAAAAGUUUAGUCUGGAAAGAGAAAUGUUCAGAAAGAUAGAUGAAGAAGGAUGUGUAUGUUCACAUGAAUGUCCAUAUGUUUGUAAAGAACUUUUUGAUUUAUUAUUUACCUUGAAUAUAUGUUAAAGGUUAUAUAUUAUAACAUAUAUUAUAGCAUAAUAUAUGUUAAAGGUUAUUUAUUAACCUUUAUAGGAAAGAUGCUCUAUAUCAGUCUAUAUGAGAGACCUAUGUGGUAACCAAGUUUCUUGUUCAUUGCUUUUCUGCUACCCAUUCUCUGAAAUAUAAUUGGCAUCAUUCUCAAUUUAAUAAAUUUGGCCCAAAGCCUAUGAGAUUGAAAUAGCUUAACUUGUUUUCAAACAUAUGAAAAUGGUAAAGCAUGUAAAAGAUAUACAGGAAAAAUUUUCCAUUCAGUGUGAUUAUAGACGUUUUCUUUUGUAACAGAAAUAUUUAGAAUGAUGGAGUCUUAUCCCUAAAAUGCUAAAUUAUAUGCUGUGUUUGUUUAAUAAAGUACAAUGUAAUUAUUCUAGUGAUGAGUUCUAUUCAUUCAUUUAUUCUAUUUUUGUAACUGCAAUUAUUAUUACCUUCACAGAAACAACACAAAAUUCAGGGUGGGGGUGGGAUGGGAGGAGGAAUGUUUUCUUAGAUUUUUAACUAAAGAUCUCAAAAAGUGCAUUAUCACAUAUAUGGAAUAAGGGAUAGUUAGUAAUUCUUAACCAAAAUGCAAACAGAUACUUUGUGUCCUAAAAUCAAUAUAUGCUAUUCUAAACA